AUGGAGGACUGCAUGCCCAACGAGUUGCGUGAGCUCGUGUGGCGCCGUCUUGGCCACCGCGACCUCUGCGCCGCCUCCGCCGUGUGCCGUCACUGGAAUGACGAGAUCAAGCGGACGCCCUUGGCCUGGCGGCUGGGCGCAGCGCCGCUGGGCGGACAACCCACCAACGCCCCCGAAUUGCUGCAGGCCCUUCUCGCUGCAUGUCCCGAGCUGGGCCAAGACCUCGAGUGGUUCGAGUGGCGCAGUCUUCCCAUCAGGGUGCGACUGUUCCAUCUCCGUGUGAGCGAGUUUGCGUUCGUGCAGGCGCUCCGGUUGAGCUUGUCCGCCGCCACGCGGGCCAGCCGCCGCGGGGACCACGAAAACGACGACAACAGGGCCACCAAGGACGAGGGCCUGCCGGCGGCCGAGGCGACCAAGGCGCAGUUCCAGGCGCUCAUUAGCCGCAUGACCGACCUGCCCAAUCCGCACCCGACCGCUCGCGUCACCUUCCGUCCGGCGAUAAUGUCGGCGCUCGCCGAGCAGCUCCUGACGGCCAGCGAGGCCGACGCCCCGACGCUGCACGCGCUCUGUCAGUCGCUCCUCCCGUUGCUCACCCACCAACACCAGGCACCCACCCGUCAACCCCGUGGCGUCGCCCCUGUUAAUGAUAUGAAGUCCCACCUUGGCGAUAAGUUGCAAGUGCGGGAGGAGCUGGUGGAGGCGCAGUAUGGGCGCGCGCCGUGGGCCAUUCGCCUGCGCGUGGUGUCUGUGGGCAGUCAACAAAUUGAGGAGCGAUGGCCCAUAUGCUUCCGUACACCCUCCGCCCACCCCGUUGGUCAUUGGCCGCGGCCCCUAUGGCCGAUCUUGCUGAAGCUGGUGUACGUUCGAAACGAGGGUGAGGUGGACACCCAGUUGGUCGCCGGUCUGAUCUCGCACUGGACCGUGACGCUGGAAUGGCCAUCAGCCGGUGGUACCUCGCGGACCAUCAGGCUCACCCUCAACCAGUACGCCCUGCUGUCGGUCCUAUCCAAUACAAAGGGUGGUGGUGGUGACAUGACGGUGAGCGAUGUGGCGCGAGCGCUGAUGAUCCCGGCGGCCUACGCGUGGGUGGUGGCCGAAUCGCUGGCGGGGCUGGUCGCCGUCGUCAGCGCGGCGUUGCCCAGUCGACUGGGCGCCUUCUACGAUUCGCGCAGUCUCCUCAUCACAAACCAAGAGCUGGCCGACAUUGCGCCAGGGACGGAACUGAACUUCGCCGACCGCGAGGUGCGGCUGCGGGGCAAGUACCUGAAGCUGGAGAUCACGCCCGCCGAGGAGGCCGCACUCGCCGAGGCCCAGAAACUCGGCGCCCGGCUGCUGGCGACGCUGCCGGCCGGGUCCAUCACCACCGCUCCCGGGUUCCACGUCACCGAACUCUGCCCGCACUGUGCAAACGACGGGCACGAAGACAAGAAGCGGCUCGCCGAGGCGUGUUGGAUGGUGUCCCACCCCGCGCUGUACCACCUGCACUGCUUCGCUCGCAAUCGCGCCGAAGUCAUUCCGCCAGGAAAGACGCUGAGUGCAGCCCAGCAGGAGGUGCUGGAGCGGUUGGCACGGGAGCCCUUGCCCGACGGCGGCCACCUGAGCGCGCCCACGGCGGCCGCCAUUGCCGCCGCCCGCCCACAGGUCGGACACCACUCCUACACCCACCUCAAAGAGGCGUCGUUGUUUAGCCUGGAGAUGGCGCUGGCCAAUAGAUGGCAGCAGCUGCUCCGCAAGGAACGAGACAGCGCCGCCGCCGCAGACACGGUCGAAGCGUCGCAGCGCGAUUAG